GUAAACAGUGCUUAUGCAGAAUUACACUCUUAUCAAAUCUAAAUGUGUAUUACAUGUAAUUAUAACAAUAACCGAAAUAAAAAAAUGGCAGGAAUGUAAAACUAAUAUACAAUUACAAACUGUUUCUGGAAACAAUAGAGUAAUUUACCAUUUCCGAUGAAACGAAUUAUUUAAAAUUUGGUCUUACACUGUACAAUUUAGAUAAGAGUUAGAUAAAACAAGUGUGUUUAAAACUGAUGUGUUCUCCAUUUUGCAGUGUGUACUUUGUACAAUAUGCUUUAAAUAACGAAAUCGUGAACACUUAAUUCACAUUACAGGAUACUACUGCUUAAAGAUGUGUACACUUACCUGUCUGUCUUUUGUAGGAUUUUUGUUUUUAUAUUCUUUUUUAUUUAACUUUGUGAACGGUACACCACAGACAGCGCCGACAUUACCGCCAACAACACCGACAACAAGGCGGAUUACAACAACACCUAAAAUCACAUGUCAGCCAAGUGAAGUCGUGUUUAACAUUAGCGAUGACAAGCCGCCUGGCCACAAAGAAAAAAUCAAUAUUUCAUGUAAUAAUUGGGUCAACAAAAACGUGUCAUUCAACUUAGAAAUCACCUUCGAUGAAGACAGGUACUUUGCGGUUCAGUAUUUCCAGCGCUACAAUUACUUGCAAGUUACAGUUACGAAUACACUAAAGAAUAAUUACAACAGGCCUACACAUCUAAUAGUGAAGGAGGAGCCUUUUAGGAAUGUUACUUUGAACAGGAUACCAUUUUACAUAAAUGUGAUUGAAAUGAAUGACCCACCAUCUAUAUUUCCAUCGGAAUUGAUAACAUCGGUACAUGAAGAUGUGCCAGUAGGCUCUAUCAUUGGUUCUUUGAAUUUUGCUGAUCCGGAUAUGGGAGAACGGAGAGAAUGGGGAGAACUGGAGGUGUAUAGCAAAGAUAUACCCGAAGAACUAAGAAUAGACAGACUGACAAACAGUACUAUCCUGCUUAAGACGAAUGAAACAUUAGAUACCGCCAAAUACAGAACUUACAGUCAGACAAACAGCACGAUCGAAUUCCUUGUGGAACAAACAGAUGUAGGUCCAAUAAUAUAUUUUACAAUUGAGGUUAAAGAUAAGGCAGGACUUUCCUCUGCAGCAAUUGUUACCCUCACUAUCAUUGAUAUUGCUGACAAAAAUCCAGUAUGCACUGAACAAAUGAUCAGGAUCAAUACUACCAUAAAGAAAAUAGAUGAUGUAAUUACUAACCUUCAUGGAAACUGUGUGGGUGGAAAUUAUGUCAACAAAACAGUUUCAUUUUCUUUGCUACAUGAUAACUGCACUGCAUUUAGUGUGGCAACAUCUGGAGAUGUUAUAGUGCGAAACAAAAUUCCUGAUAAUACCCGGUCAUGUCUGCUUACUGUGCAAGCAGCUGACGAAGUUGUUCCAACAUUGACGACCAGCUUUGCCGUCAGUCUCAAUUACAGGUUUUGUCCAAAUGACACCGACUACAGGAAUAAAGAAUGGGGUUUCGGAAUUCCAGGGAAAUACACAGACCAACGCUGUCCUCCGGGGUUUAAUGGAAGAAUAACAAGAUACUGUAAUGAAAAUGGAGAAUACCAGGAUCCAGUGUAUAACUGCACAAGCACGGCAAUAGCUGAUAUUUAUAAGAAGUUAAAACGGGAGGGUGACCGUGCCAAUGUAAUUGAGGCGUUGGACAAUCUGACAAUUUCUACAUCGGAAUCAAGUAGGAAUGAUACACUUUUGAUUGGAGACUUAAAUACAAUCAAUUCUACGCUGUCAAUCAUAACAGAUUUAAUCACAGUCAACACUUCAAAUGUUGAUCAUGUCACAGACUCCUUCAUGCAAACAGCCAGCAAUAUCCUUGAACUUAAGACAGCGCCUACAUGGAAAAUAAUGAUAAAUCAGACAGGUUCUGGAGCAGAAACUGUUCUACAUAAUAUUGAUCGUUUUGUGGAGAAAAUUGUGAGCACAACGAAUACAACUAUUGCCGUCCCAAAAUCCAACUUAUAUUUGAAGAUUGGUUCCGUUAAAGCUUGUGACAAAGAUAUCACAUUCCCUGACCGAGGCUCUGAUAAUGUUUCAGAAUGGGCAGUCACAACACAGGAUCAGAUAGUAAUUGGUUGUGGUGAUGAGACAGUCCAAUCUUACAGUGGUGUUAUGUAUAGAAAUUUAUCACAGAUUAUCCCCUCAACAACCAAUGACAACAGAUCUGCAGGCGUGCAACUGAAUGCACCAGUUAUGUCAUUUACAUACUUUCAAAGUAUUAAAAAACAACUUGACAGUCCAGUGGAAAUUACAUUUCAGUUAUAUAACAAUCAUUGGGAAAAUGCAACAUGUUCCUUCUGGGCGGAAACUAAAGGUUCGCAAGGCUUUUGGUCUGAAGAAGGUUGUCAGCAAAAAGUAGACAAUCAGAAUAAAGGCACGGUGGUUUGUGUCUGUGAGCACCUUACAAACUUUGCUGUGCUUAUGAGUCCAUCAUCACCGUCAAAGGUGCCUGAAGACCAUGCCACUGCACUGUCUAUAAUAUCGAUGACUGGCUGUAUAAUCUCGAUGAUAUGUCUUUUCCUGAAUGCAGCUCUCCAUAUAUACUUCUGGAGAGUCAUUAAGUCUGUCAGGUCCAUAAUCCACAUCAAUUUGUCGUGCUCCUUGUUCGUUGCAUACAUCCUGUUUCUUUCUGGUAUUGACAGAACGGAAAACAAGGAUGUUUGUACAGCAAUGGCAGUACUUCUUCAUUUGGUGUUUUUGAUUGUGUUCUUCGUCAUGCUGACUGAAGGAAUCAAUCUAGCUUACAUUGCUAUAAAACCACUCAAUACUCGCAAACCUUACACUCAACAACCUGGUAUACAUUUGUUGAUAGCAUCAUAUGUUCUCGCAGUUAUUAUUGUAGCAGUGUCAAUGGGAGUAACCAAGUUGGAAGGAUACGGGACUGAAAAUACAUGUUGGCUUUCUACGGAGACUGGACUGAUUUGGGCAUUCAUUGUACCCGUGCUAGUUGUUAUAGCGUUAAACAUCGUCACUGUUGCUAUAGUAAUUUGGAUAAUGUGUGGAACAGCUGCAAUAUCAAAGAAAUCAAGUAUGGGGCGAUUGAAGACUGCGUUGCGGUGUAUUUUGGUACUGACGCCAAUAAUGGGCUUGACAUGGGUGUUCGGCGCCUUUUCCAUCAAUGAGGACACUAUUGCUUUCCAGUACCUUUUCGCUAUCUUUAAUAGCCUGCAGGGUUUGCUUAUUUUUAUAUUCCACUGUUUGAUGAAUAAAAAGAUAAGAGAGACAUUAAGAAGAAAGAGGCCAAAAUGGCUAUCAUCCGACAGUACAGGCGCCUCUUCUUCUGAAAGACAAAAAAUGAAAACACAAGAUACAACAGACUUAUGAUCACAGUCCUGUGGAACAGUUUGGGGAAUAACUCAAUGAAGUACACUUUUAAGGACAACGAACAUCAAGUUGAAAUAUGGCUGGAAAUGUAAAAAAUGUUUUGUCUAUAUAAAUGCUUAUUAUAAGACUUGCUACAUUUAUUAAUAUACAUCAAUCAAGUUUCAUUUGAAUUAUCUUACUUACAUGACAUUUCAGAAACGCAUUAUUAUUAUUUUGUAUUACUCAGGAAGUUUAAUAGGAAAUGUCACUUGUUUUUUUCUAUCUUUUUGAAUUUUCACCCUUGCCCCAAUUUCCCCCAACACCGACCCUUUUAUCUACCCCUUACCCCUCCUCUCCCCUUUUUUCUCUAUUUUGCAUAUACCUAAAAUGUACUUGUUGGACUUUUGAAGCAACCCGUCUACAAUAUUUUCCCGUUACAGCUUCUUUUUGUUUGGGCCUACUUUACGAUGCAUGGCUCUAUGGCUGUGUUUGGGAUGCUAUGUGCUUCCGGAAAAUCUACCCUUACCUUUUAUCUUUGAUAAACCGCCCACAAGGAACAACAGGGCUAAAAACAAACAAAUACCAUUAAACGAGCCACUUGACGUAGUUAUUUGGUCUUUGAAAUACUUGUAUGGACCUCUUUCAAAUGUGUUCAAAUAGAUUCUCUUGAUCGCAUUUAGGGGCUAGAAUAGGUGUUUCAAAGCAUUGACUGUCUUUCGAUGAAGAUUAACAUAUACAUGUUUUGGUGAAAGUAGAACUCAUCUUUAAAUUUCUGUAUAUCUAAGAUCAAUUUGAUAAAUCAUAAAAUUUCUAUUUGUUCCAUGUUAGACAUUCUUUAAAGUUAACUGUACUUGAUUCAAUUUUGUGUUAUUUUCUAAACCGUUGGAAUUAUGCAGUGUAUUCAGUAUUUCUGUAUGAUAAUAGAGUUCCACUUUGAAGAGGAGCUAGGUGGAAUGAGCCUGAGGGAAUUGCGCAUUGGCAUUUUCUCUCAUGAAUAGAGACACCUUAAACCUAGUCUGCUAUCAGCCUGCUAUCAGUCUACUUUGUUUGUUUUGUCAUUUCUUCCAAAGAAUCGUCUUAACGAUUUCCAUUUGUUUGUAAAUUUUUGUUUUCUAUUUGAUUUAAAAUAACAACAACAAAAAAGAAAUUCAUCUGAAGAUAUUAUAAAAAUCUGUAUUAUGGUCUAUUUGACUACAACUUUCCAUGCAUUAUUGAAAUGCUUCAUUCAAAAUUGAUUUUUAAUUUAACAUUCUAAUUUAGCGGUAUACGCGUGAAACAUGUGUAAAGGGUUUAUGACAUAACAGUUUUACAUUUACUGAAAAACAACUUUGUUGUCAUUUCGUAGUUUGAAAUAUUUCCGUGUAAUAAACUUUUCAAUUUUUAGACACUACAGUUUGUUUGUCAAUUUGUUGGUAAAAUAUUGUAAUGGUUUGAUAUCUAAACUAAAUUAGAGUGGUAGAAACUGGUAAGAUUGUAAUUUUGACCAGCUUUGUUAGAGAGAAACUGUUCUAAAUAAUUUGGUUUUUCAAAUAUCUUUCAUAAAAUAAGUCAAUAUCCGUUGUGUUUGGAAUUUGGAAAAGGUCAAAGCUUUAUUAAGCAAAAUAAGAGGUUUCUUCCUUCUGGAAAGUAUAUCUAAAAUGUACUUCGAACAGUUUCUCUCUGACCCCUCAGUGUGUUCUUUGCAUGUUAUAUACUCAUAGUAACUUAAAGGCGUACGCUAGAAUUCGGGGCGAAUUUUUUUCCAGUAAUAGAAUUUCUUCAAACUUUAGAUAUUGGAGGACAAUCAUCUAAGAAACAAAUAUAUGCAAUAAAAAUCAUUGGUCACCAGUACUGAAAAAGAGUUAUCUGUCCUUGAAAACGUCAUUUUCACAAAAAAUACCGAUUUCAAGGGCAUAUAACUUUUUUCAAUACCGGUGACAUAUGAUUUUUAUUGCAUAUUUUUGUUUCGUAGAUGAUUUUCCUUCAAUAUCCAAAGUUUGAAGAAAUUCUAUUAUUGGGAAAAUUUUCGCCCAUCACCUAUACAGUGAAUUCUAGCAUACGCCUUUAAGUUAAAUAUUUUUAGCCACCUGAGCACGAAGUGCUCAAGGGUGAGAUAUUGUGGUCAGUGAUUUUCCGGCGUCCGUCGUCGUCCGUCAACACUCCCCGCCUAAACCACCAGUCCAAUUUUAUUGAAACUUGACAGGGAUGUUCCUUGCAUAAUUCUCAUUAAAAUUGUUCAUAGAAUUGAAUUUCAUACAGAAGUCUGGUUGCUACGGCAACCGAAAGGAAAAUUUAAAAAGCUUCUUGUCCAAAACCACAGUAUCUAGGGCUUUGCUAUUUGGUAUGUGGCAUCAUCUAAUGGUCCUCUACCAAGUUUGUUCAAAUUAUCCCCCUAGGGUCAAAUAUGGCCCCGCUGGGGGGUUCGUUUUGAGGAGGCUGCGCUUUUGGUGCGUGGCAUUCCCUGUUUGAUAUUUUUCUUUGUUUUUUUACAUAGAUUUAUAUAGGGAAAAUCGUUUAUAAUCUUCUUGUCCAAAACCAUAAGGCCUAGGGCUUUGAUAUUUGGUAUGUAGCAUAAUCUAGUGGUCCUCUACCAAGAUUGUUCAAAUUAUUUCCCUAGGGUCAAAUAUAGCCCCGCCCCGGGGGUCACGUGGUUUUUAUAGACAUAUAUAGGGAACAAUUUUGAAAUCUUCUUGUCCAAAACCACAGGGCCUAGGGCUUUGAUAUUUUGUAUGUGACACCAUCUAGUGGUCCUGUACUAAGAUUGUUCAAAUUAUCUACCUAGGGUCAAAUAUGGCCCCGCCCUGGGGUUCACAUGGUUUACAUAGACUUAUAAAGGGAAAAACUUUGAAAAUCUUCUUGUCCAAAACAUCAGCGCCUAGGACUUUCAUAUUUGUAAUGUAGCAUCAUCUAGUGGUUCUCUACCAAGAUUGUUUAAAUUACCCCCUAAGGUCAAAUAUGGCCCCACUCCGGGGGUCACAUGGUUUUUAUAGACUUAUAUAGGGAAAAACUUUGAAAAUCUUCUUGUACAAAACCAUAAUAGCUAGGGCUUUGAUAUUUUGUAUGUAACAUCAUCUAGUGGUUCUCUACUAUAAAUAUUCAAAUUAUCCCCCCUAGGGUUAAAUAUGGCCCUGCCCCGGGGAUGACAUGGUUUAUGUAGGGAAAAUCUUUAAAAAUCUUCUUGUCCAAAACCUCAGGGCCUGGUGCUUUGAUAUUUGGUAUGUAGCAUUAUUUGAUAGUCCUCUACCAAGUUUGUUCAAAUUAUCUCCCUAGGGUCAAAUAUGGCCCCGCCCCGGGAGUCACAUGGUUAAUAUAGACUUAUAUAGGGAAAAACUUUGAAAAUCUU